GGGGCAAUGGACCAACGCGCUUUUGCAACCUGUUUGCAGUUUCUUCCUUCUCGUGUAUUGGUGUAGGGCAGAGUGCGGGGCUAGAUCUACAUUCAGUAGACACUGGAUUUCUUACAAGUUUCAAACUUGGAUCAAAAUUUAUUUCCGUUCCGUUGAGAAAAUUAACGAACAAUUUACUCAUUACUUUUCUCGACACUUGUUGACCAUUCUAACGGUUAUUGUUUGCGCCAUUUCAUUCAGGAAUACAAUCUUUGUCUUGAACUGGCUUGGCGUUACAUACGGGACAGACUGAGAGACAAGACUUGAGUUGGAGGUUAAAAAAAAAAAAAAUUUCUAGUGUUUGAACCUGUCUUUUGUUUAGCGGCUCUAUUUCUGGAUUGUUUCUGAAGUGAACCUUAUAUUGGAUUUGUGCAUAGGAAAUUUUCCAUGUGGUUUUGACCAAAGUAAUACACAUCUAUAGCAGGAACAGGAACAUGAUUUUCAUAGCGGGACUAGUCUCGGAAAUAACUUCUUAUUGUAAGCUGACAGGAAGUACAUUCCCGUUUGAUGGUGUAUAUCAUAACAGCAGAUGCGGUGAUUGGUUGAGAUUAUGCUAGCAUGGAAGUGUCGAGGCGGAGGAGGAGGAAAGAUGAUCUUCCCCGUGCACCGACCUGGUGGUGGUGGACAUUGGUCAUCCUGUUGGUCUCCAUGGAAACACGCGCAGUGUACGCUCUGGACAUGUGGUGGCAACUUGGAGUAUCUGGGGUAGAGAGGUGGAAGAAUCAUCCGACCUACGUCUUAGGUGCCUCCCAGCCUGUCAUUGGACUUUGUGCGCAAAUCAAAGGACUUUCUGCCCGACAGCUUAGACUGUGUACCACGUACCAGGAUCAUAUGUCCAGUAUUGGACGUGGGGCCAAGAUGGGCAUUGGCGAGUGUCAAUUUCAGUUCAGAGACAGGCGUUGGAAUUGCAGCACUGUACAGGACUCUUCAGUUUUUGGACCACUUAUUCAAAUUGCUAGCCGAGAAGCGGCCUUCACUCACGCCAUUUCAUCAGCAGGUGUCGUUCACGCGGUGAGUCGCAGCUGUCGAGAAGGUGAUCUGGCCAGCUGUGGAUGUAGCCGGGCGCGGAGGCCGAAAGAUCUUCACAGGGAUUGGAUAUGGGGCGGCUGCGGAGACAAUAUUGAGUACGGGUACAGAUUCGCCAAAGCCUUUGUUGACGCUCGUGAGACAGAGAGGAACCACCCGAGGCAUUCACGAGAGUUGGCCAGAAUGAUGAUGAACCUUCAUAAUAACGAGGCCGGAAGAAAGGCUGUCUACAACUACGCCAAGGUGGAGUGUAAGUGUCACGGAGUGUCUGGAUCUUGUGCCCUGAAGACAUGCUGGCAGCAGCUGCCCACAUUUCGUGAAGUUGGGCACCGCCUUCGUGAUCGUUACGAUGGGGCCACGGAGAUACGUUUCAACAGGCGUGGCACCAAACUGGUUCGCAAAAACAAAAACUUCAAUAAGCCCAGCAAAGAGGACCUCAUUUAUUUAGACGAGUCUCCCAAUUAUUGUGUGGCUAACCCGGAGACUGGCUCUUUAGGAACAGUGGGUCGCGUCUGCGAUAAACAGUCUCAGGGUAUGGACGGCUGCAGUUUGAUGUGCUGUGGCCGUGGCUACAACACCUUCAAACAAAAGUUAACAGAACGGUGUCACUGCAAGUUUUACUGGUGUUGUUACGUAAAGUGUAAAACUUGUGAGAGGGUUGUGGACGUGAAUACGUGCAAAUAGCAGUAGACUUCUGAGACAGAGACCUGAAUACGUGCUAAUAGCAGUAGACUUCUGACACAGAGACCUGAGGACGGCAGUAGACUUCUGAGACAGAGACCUGAGGACGGCAGUAGACUUCUGUGACAGAGACCUGAAGACGUGCAGAUGCUUGCACUUUUCGGUUUGAUUUUCUAUUUAUUUCGAUUUUUUUCUGGCGCACAGUUACGUUAAGCAACAAACACUUAAAGCAGACCACGUGAUACACCUAGAGCAGACCACGUGAUAGGGUCGUCUUGGUGAAGACUAUCCCAAAAUCAAGAUUUCGAUUGGAAUGUUGAAAGAGGAAGAUGAAAUCCAUGUGUCCUUGACACUCAAUGGAAAGAUCGAUUGACAACUUCCAAUAAAGUACACAACAACAGAAUGUCAUGUUGGACAAUAUGAGUGCAAGAGGAACCAUCGCUUGAUUUAUCCUAACACUAUUGCAUAAAGUCUGAAGAAGUUUUGUGUUUCCCUGUACUUAGAUCACUUGUACUCUGAUCACGUCAGUAACUCUCGUGUCUAAAAGUAGCCAAUGUUCUUGGCCCCACCACCAGCUGACUGGCCACAGUGAUUGAUCGAGGAUCUUUCUGCUGUUAUUUUGAAAGACAAAGGUAUUUCCUAGUGCUGUUCUAAUGAACACAGGUCUAGACACUAGUUCACUUUCUGUCUCCAGGUGAAGGAUGAACUCAGUAACGGUUCUGUGGGAUGUUGGCUGAACACGAACCCAGCUAGCUAUUCACUGUAAAUAGUUGAUGUUUUAUAAUCUCUGUACAUUGGGAUUGGUCCAGUGUUGGACACACGUAGACUAACAGUUAUACAUUUAUUGUGUACAUGUGUCUCUAUAGUACUUCACUGUAUGGCUGCAAGCUCGAAAUUGUGAUUGGCAUUGUUUCUAUUUAUAUACAAACACCUCUACCCCAUUUAAAGAUAGUACACACCCCCUAUCCCAUUUAAAGAUAGUACACACCCCCCUACCCCAUUUAAAGAUAGUACACACACACCCUACCCUAUUUAAAGAGAGGUAAAAUUGUGUUAGAGCAAUAUAGAUCUAUGUCUUUGAUUGUAAGCCACGCCACUUUUCAUUUUGUGAUUGCGUUAUGUAACUAUGUAACGGAAGCUAGUGUUUAGAGUGCAUGGCCAAGUAUUUAGCAUGGGUAAAUAAAUAGUUGAGACAUUAGAACUUAAGACCAGACCAUUUAUGUGUAGCGGUUAAAAUUCACUCUUUAGUGCUGUAUUUGUGUAUUUAGCUAUACUGACUGUGGCAAGCAUGUGCAGAGUUAAAGAAAUAUCCCAGAGAGACUUGCAAGAAGUGGCUAGGUUUUGUCACUCAACUCUAGGUGCAGAAUGCCCACAACUAGACGAGUUUGGAGCGUACUAUGGACAAAAUAACGUGGCUUUUUUUUUCUUUCUAUUCUUUACAUCCUAGCAAACGUCUAGUUCAUAGAGCUAAUAUAUAUAGAAAACAAAACAACAUUGCGCUGUCAAACACAUGGAUUCUAUUCCAUUGUAGCUUACAAGUCUCAGCGAAUAUGAUUAGUGAAAUUCUUUUAAUUGGCAAACAAUGUCUUCCUGGUGUUCUAAAUAGACUUCUGUAUUACAACUUCUGUUUAUUAUUAACUUCGAUAAGGGAUGAAUUUAUAGGGAGUCUGGGGCGGAAAAGAAAUAAUGGAAUGGAUAAAGAUUGUUCUUGGAGUUCAAUUUAGAACAAAUACAGAGUUAGUCACGUGAUACUUUAAGCUAUAUUUAGGCUCAUGGCACAUUUCCUGCGCCCAAAUAUUGGUGAAAAUAUUGUAAACUUCUGAGGAUACAUUGAUAGAUCAAUAACUAACAAGUUUAUUUAACUAGUUACAAGUAAUUUAAACUUUUUUUUUAGUCAUUCCUAGUAGGCCUACAUUUCUUCGUUGUUGUUUUUUUUCAUAAAAGUGCGUGGACGACGAAAAAAACUGUACCUAGCGCAAUCAACCCUAGAAUGUCUAUAUUGCGAUAUUUUCUUUCUUCGCUAGAGCCCAUGAAAAGAGUGCGGUAAAAAUACAUAAAUGUGAUAGCAAUAAAUUACCAAAAGCUAUUUACGCCCUAACCUCAUUUGUUAGACCAGCACUUCAAAUGGCUUUGUACUUAGGAGAGUUCUCUACUAAUGGGACGAAUCAUUAACCAUUUCUUUUGCAGGUUUAAUUGUUGUUGUUUUUUUCCCUACUGAUUGGAUCUGUCUAUAAAGGAGGGACCAUUUGGAAUAUCAGAUUGAUCGCCUUCAACUUUGGCGUCGCAUUGGGAGCUACACCAAAAUAUGGGCUCAUCUUCCAUAAUUUCCUGAAAUCGGACUAGGGGGAAAUAAUCGAAAACAUUUUUAUGCGAAGCAAUAACUCUAUAGCAAUAACAUUAUAGGAGUUAAACGCCCUUGUUUUUUUUCUUUCCCCUGCCACGUAGGAUACCAAGUGACAGGAACAGUUUUUAAAAAUCUAGAUCUAAUAGCUAGUUAAAUACAAUUUUGCAUCUGCAAAUAAAUAAAAAAUUUCUAAAAAGAAAAAAAAAACUUAAAAAAAGACAAUACCUCGUUGGUACAACUUAUGGAGCAGUUGUUAUUCUCAUAAUAACAAAUGAAUUUUAGAUUUAAAAAAAAAAGAAAUAUUUUUUUACCCGCCCCUCCCCUUAGAAAUGAUCCUAGUUAAGCGAAUGUGUAAAUCUAAUAGCUUUGUAAAGUAUAGUCCUUGAGUUCAUCCAUUUCGUACUUUAGUUUAUUCAACAGGAUCAUUGUGGACAAAGUGAGUCAUAACAUCAGGCAGCAGAAUUCCAUUCACUGUCCAUGUCCCCCCAAAGGAAAUUGGAGGAAAAGAUUUCAGUUUCUUUGAUACA